GGGGCCAGCCCUGACUCAACCUGCCAGCCCCCUUACCUGCCAGCCUUGAGGAGAUGAACAGCCCAGCCUACAAGGCCUGCCCCCACUCCCCAGCUCCCCUUGAUAAUGAACCAGAAACUGAAACUAAAACAGGCGCCAGUUAGAGAUGAGUCAUUUUCCAAAGUGACUGAAGUAGCCGAGAAGUGGUAACAGAGAGGCAGAAGAGAAGCCAGGGCUCUGAGACAGGUGAGAGCAGGACUUCCUGAGGGUCGCCAGGGAGCAUGGCAGGCAUCCCAGAGGUGGUAGCCAUGGACUGUGAGAUGGUGGGGCUUGGGCCUCAAAGGGUAAGUGGCCUCGCCCGCUGCAGCAUUGUGAGCUUCCAUGGUGCUGUCCUGUACGACAAGUACAUCCAGCCUGAGGGAGAGAUCACGGAUUAUAGAACCCAAGUCAGCGGAAUCACGCCUCAGCACAUGGCGAGGGCCAUGCCGUUUGGGGAAGCCAGGCUGGAGAUCCUGCAGCUUCUGAAAGGCAAGCUGGUGGUGGGCCAUGACCUGAAGCACGACUUCAACGCCCUGAAGGAGGACAUGAGCAAAUACACCAUCUACGACACGUCCACGGACAUGCUGCUGUGGCACGAGGCCAAGCUGCACUACUACAGCCGCGUGUCCCUGAGGCUGCUGUGUAAGCGCCUGCUACACAAGAGCAUCCAGAACAACUGGCGGGGCCACUGCUCUGUGGAAGAUGCCAGGGCCACAAUGGAGCUCUACAAAAUCUCUCAGCGACUCCGAGCCCAGCGAGGACUGUCCUGCCUGGGGACAUCAGAAUGAACUUCAUCCAAAUCCAGGAGCAGAAGCCUCCACUCCUGAAGGACCGUAGUUUUCCAUGAAUGAAACUUGUUUCUACCAACUACCACUGCUACAAAAUGUAAAACCAGGAACACUCCCCCAUUACAGCACUUUUUGCUUUGGGGCAAAAAACCAAAAACAAACAAAAACAAACAAAAACAAAAACCGCAAAACCAACCAAACAAAAACAAAAAUACCCAAAACCUACAACUUUAGUAAUAAAUGGCUUUGAUUUUGUCUAACCAAC